AUGAGGAUUUUGAGUCUUCUCCUGUGCCUGGUGACAGCUCUCCAAGGUUUCCUGUCAGAGGUGCAGCUGCAGGAGUCAGGACCUGGCCUGAUGAAGCCCUCACAGACCUUGUCAGUCACGGUGUCUGGUUACUCCAUCACCAGUGGUUACUGCUGGAGCUGGAUCCAGCAGCCCUCAGGGAAGGCACUGAUAUGGAUGGGAUGGAUAUGUUCUCGAGGAGGCACUGAUUACAGCUCUACAUUCAAAAGCCGAAUCUCCAUCACCAGAGACACGUCCAAGAAUGAGUUCUCCCUGCACCUGAGCUCUGUGACUACGGAGGACACCGCCGUGUAUUACUGUGCAAGACAGUCAGGAGAUUUCAAUGUGAGACUAGAUAGAAACCUCCCUGCCACGGUGCUCUCCACCAGUAGGGGGGGCAAAACACACAGUAGAGCAAGAAACAACCCACAGCAGAUGAGAAGGAAAGCCUUUUUCUGCGGGUGA